AUGCCCGACCGAUUGCGAACAGAUCCAGAAAAGAAAGAACCAAACUUCUCCCCCCCCCCCCUCUCGUUCCAACAAGCUGGGCCGUAUAAGACACCCGAUGGAAGUGCUGGACACUUAGAAGUUAUAGCUACGAAACCAUCGAGACAUGCUUAUUUUCAUAAUGGGUAUUUUGUAAACGGUUAUAAGUUCCACACUCAACAAUACGGCGAGGGUCGUGCGACAAAAAACUUUGGAGUAUGUGUUAGAGGGGAGACGUAUAAUGCCGAACAAGAGUCAGACUACUAUGGCAUAUUGCAAGAGAUCUUAGAGAUUGAGUAUUAUAGCAGCGGACCUUCGACUGUUGUACUUUUUAAUUGUAUUUGGUUUGAUAACAAAGACGGUGUAAUAGUCAACAAAAACAAGUUGGUCGAUGUCAAACCCAAAUCUCGACUUCAAACUGACGAUCCUUUUUGUUUGGCAUCACAAGCUGAACAAGUAUUUUAUACACCAUACCCUUCAAUGUCAAAUGAGACGAAAGAUAAAUGGGCGGUUAUCAAAACAAAACCAAGAGGGGUAUUUGAAGUCACCGAAGCUGAAAUGGAAGCAGAUGAAGUCUUUCAGGUUGAAGAACGGUUUGAGUCACCCCUUACUGUAACUCGUGUGGAACCGCUAUGCCUAGCCUCAACUAUAAAUACAUAUGAGCAAAUAUCUGAUGAAGCGAAUGAGAGAAUUGAGGAGGAAGACGAAGAAGUGGAAGAUUUUGAAGACGGAGGUGAUGAAAAUGAGUUUUAUUAUUCAGAAGAAGAAUUUGAAAACGAAGAUGAUGGGGACGAAUCAUGUCAGGUAAUCGACGCAAGGAUAAAGGCCACAGUACCAACACUUCUUCUAGCAGUGUGGGGCAUAGGAGGGGGGAGGGUUAUCCCUAAUUCUACCGACGAGCCACGUUAUAGGACAUCACUCAUACCGAUUGAUAUGCCGAUAGUGACAGGAGUUGCAGGCUCCAACAGUCAGGGUGCCAUCAAUGAACAAACCGACAUGGCUGAUCCUUUAGCAGAUUUGGCUGGGAUUCUUCGCCAUCAGGCUCGAGGGCUGGGUCAUAUGUCCCAACUCAUACAGACAGAUUAUAGGCUCCAAUCCCCACAAAUGGGUUAUACGCCUCAGUUUCCAAAUAUAGGUGCUGAGUUGCCGACCCCACAAACGGUUUUGAGGCCGGGUGGUCAUGAUGGAUUUGAGGAGUACUAUUUUGAGGGUGCAGAUGCACAGACAAACUUUCGGUCGCCACAGACCCCGCACACGCCACGGCCACCGAACACGCCACCGACGCCACAUGGCUCCACCUCUAGAGGUGUUACGGGCGGCCAUGACUCCAAUGCGAGUGAUUUUCAGGAGUCUUCGUUUCCCCUCAUCAGCCGAAAAGGGAAAAAGUGGAAUUCACUAGAGAAUAGUAACAUAUUUGAUGCCUUCAAGUGUGUCCUCAAGGAUAGAUACAGGGAUCAGAUGAAGCGUAUCAGGAUUAAAUCUGGGGAAAUGGCACGAAAUGAUGGGAAACCCGUCCCCUUAGGUCAUUGUACCUACUACGAAGGGAUGCAUGACUACCGCCCUGGGCGCGUACCAGAGAAUCAUUGGUCGACAGAUAAGUGGAGAAAGAAUUCAAAAAUUGCUCAGCAGAACCGCAAAGUUGCAGAUGCUAAUGGGUCGACAGCUAGGCACACCGCGGGUAGUAUAGGAUUUGACGAGCACCGAAAAGGUUUGGGUAAACCACCCACACAAUUUGAUGUUUUCAUGAAGACGCAUGGUACAGCUGAGGCGAAAAAAAGAUAUUUUGCGGGAGAUCAUGAAAAUCUCGAAUAUUGCUCACUAACUGCCAAAGAAGCACAAGAGAUGUAUCUACAGGAGAUGGCCAAAAAACACGGAGAAGACUCUUCAAACCAUAAAGAUGAUGCGAGGGUAUGGGAGGAAAUUCACCUUAGGAGAAAAGGAAAGAAGAAGGGUGAUAUCUAUGGCAUAGGAGCAUCAGAUAUACAUUUUGUGAUUACUGGGACACCGUCUUCCCAAUCCACCCAAUCCACCCAAUCGGAUAGUACACAACAAGAGGUUGAUAGGUUGCGUGCACAAGUUUCUACCAUGGAACAACAACAACAACAACAACAAAUGAAAGAAUAA